AUGGAUCUCGCGUACGAUCAUAUUGCUGAACAGGCGUACAAUCCCGGCGAUCGUGCCACAACUCCUACACCUGCGACGACCAUCUCAAACACCAACGAUACCUCCACGCCAAAGACAAGCUCUCCUAGACAGAGUCUCCAAGCAGAGUUUCAGGAGACCUUCAAAGCAUUUUCCAAUUCACAAUGGGGUGUCAAGCUAGGUGGCUUCUGGGGCAAUGUCAGAAAGCAAGGAGAAAGUCUAUACGAGGAGGCGAAGAAGGAGGCCGCUGAAAUGGCCAGCGACAUGGAAGCCUUGCGCCUGAAGGGUGUCAAGGGUUUCGGUUUCGCGACGGAACAGAAGGAGGGGGAGAAUGCUUCAGGAACAACAGACGGGGACACAGAGUUACCUAGCACCAGCAAAGACAGUGAGCAGAACAAUACGAUCCAAGAGACGGAGACAUUCCUCGAGCGGUUCAAAGCCGAGGCUGCAAAGAGACUGAAAGACGUGCAACGGGCAGAAGACGCAGCCGAUGAGGCGCUCUUGAGGUUCGGCACAAACAUCAGGAAUUUCUUGCGAGACGCUGUAUCGGUAACUGCUCCCGACGACGAAGAGGACGCAAGCCGCCGGCCUGGCGAGGUGCUGUUCGAGAGUAGAGACCCUACCUCAGGCAAAAGAGUCAUUCACACAAGCAGAUUUGAUGCACAGCUACAUGUCGUCCACACCACAAUGACGAGCUUCACUCAAGACCCCAGCGGGGCGGGCGACCAGUGGGACGACUUCAAAAAGGGGUUUGACAUCGACAAGAUGACCGCACGCAUUGCGCAAGACCUCGACAAAUACCGCGAGCUGAGAAGCUCCAUGGAGAAGCUCGUGCCGGAGAAAGUCGAGUACAAAGAUUUCUGGACGAGAUACUAUUUCUUGAGACAUGUCGUGGAGACGCAAGAAGAAAAGAGAAAAGAGCUUCUCAAAGCAUCUACGCAUGAAACAGAGGAAGUUGGCUGGGACGAAGACAGCGAUGAGGAGGAGCAGGAGGAGCAGGCGACAUCUUCGACUCCCCAGCCGCGGGACAACCACGACGCCGCCGCCGCCGCCGCCGCGGCAGUGCCCAAAGUCCUAGUCGCCCAGAACACCAACGACUCCUCAACCACAAUACACCAGACUCCUUUACCCGCUGAAUCGAGCUCGCUCAAGCCCACCACCGAAGGCCGUCGAUCUCACGACGAAAAGUCAGUCGCCGACAGCGACGCCAGCUACGAUCUCGUCAGCGGGGCCAAUAGCCGGGCCCCAGGAAGCCCGAAAGACGAUCUGGGAAGGUCGCCCACGAAGGUGGACGAGGAGAGCGAUGAAGAGGACUGGGAGUGA